AAAACGUUGCAGUACAGAAUCAAGAAAUUUGGUCCCGAUCGGCUGCAUCAUUCAACAGAAAUACAGGACAUUGAAUAAAAAAUAAAAAAGCCUAAAGACGGAUUUGGAACUGUUUACUGGGAGAACAAUACAAUCAUGAGAAGGGCAUGCAGCAGCAGCUGGUGGAGGCGGUGGCGAGGGAUAGUUUGGUGUGGACUGUGUCUGCUCUGCCUUGCACUGCUAGCAAUCUGGGAUACCCUGGGCUACCUCUUGACAUCACCUUAUGAUAACAGGAAACGUCACUGCCCACCUCCUCCCGUCGAAGUAGACGGUUGUGCCUCAUGGAGGCCCCUACAGUUGUCUCACCCAACAUGUAACUGCACAAGAAAACUUCUGGUGCUGCAUGAUACGUGCACAGACUUCAUAGCUACAGAUGCCAACUCUUACCUGGCCUACACAAAGGAAUACUUUGGACAUUCCCAUUGCUCCGACCAGGCCACCCUUAAAGGACCACGCCAGCACGUAGUCUCACUGUCCAUCGAUCAUGUGACUCCGAAAGAGUUGGCAGCCCUGAACCGCACUGUUCAACAGGUCAAUAGUGUAUACAAAGGGUGGCAAGUGAGGAUCUACACUCCGUCCGCCAACCACAGCCACCCUGACCUUUGUGCCCUUGUCUGCAGCAAUCCCAACCUUGAUCUUUGUGAUGUCAGGGGCAUGUCAAAACCGCUAGAUGCCAGCGUUCAGCAAGGAAGAACAGGAUGGCGAUGGGCAGUACUGGGGGACCCUUUAAUCUCUGUAUGGUUGGUGCGCUACCAGGACCAGGCUAUAUUAGAACGGGAAGCACAUGCUGUCACGCAGUUCAUAAAUUCUGACAAGUGCUGGCAUGUUAUGAAAGACCACACCAGCCAUGCAAAUGCAGCCCUUGGAUCGGGCCUACUUGGAGGGAAGACAUCUUGGGGUCUAAGGCGACUGAGUCGCAUUCGGCGCAAGCUGACAUCCGAGGUUCACACUGUCAGUGAUGAAGAGACAGUCCUAGAAGAUACCUUGUUACCUCUGAUGGGCCACGAUGUAAUGACGCACGACAGCAUCACUUGCCAAAAGAGCAUCGAAUCUGUCCCCUUUCCGAGCCAGAGGCAACCGGGCCAGUGGGUAGGAAUGCCCACACCCGAUCGGCAGCCAGAAAUGUUAGAACCAAAGACAGGUGGGCAAAGUGAACUCAAAAAAAGGACAGUAAAAAAUAGCAAAAAGCCCUUUCUAUCAAACAAAACGGUAAAGAGUUCCAAUGUUGUCUCUGCAAAACACGACUCAAACCCAAUUCUUCCAGCUGCAACAGUGAACAGACAAGAGGGAAGCCACAAUCAAGAAGGAGAAUCAAAGUCGGUGCACAAGAAGCAAACGGGUAGUCUUUCACACAUAACGAAAGCCUUCAAGAGGGAGCCAAAAGUGCCUCAAAAGCAGAAGAAUAAUUCGUACCACAUAGACCCUUCAAAGGAAGAAGAAAUCAAUCAUGCAAACGGCAUAGUUGUAUGCCCGUACUCAUGCAGACCUCACUUACAUCCUGAAUGGAAGUAUUGUUAAACACUUAAUAAAGUCAGUACAUGAUUUG